GCCAUGGACGGCAAACCGCUGUGGUCGGUGGCGCUGGCGGCUGGUGCAUUGGGCAUAGGCAUCGGAGUUGCAGCAUCAACGUUCCUGCUUCCAACCGCUCCAGAUGAAACAACGAGGCACGACGAGACCAUUGCAACGCUACGACGGGAUCUCGAGAAGGAGAAGGCGCUGCGAGCGCAAGAACGAAGUGGGCGGACCCAUGCCGAGCGCGAUGCCAGGUUGCUCGCCCAGAAACAGCUAGACAAGAACGGAUACACGUUUGACGCGAUUGGAACAGUGUCGUCUUGCUUUCGUGAUCGCCGAGGUACGCCACGACAAGGCGCUUUAGUGCCAGGUAGCAAAGCGCGCAUCACCUUGCUCCCGAGCAUUUCGCCAACGUCGUUGGAGUGCUUGGAUCAGUUUAGCCACAUGUGGGUUCUCUUUGUCUUUCACGAAAACACCAAUCUCGCCAAAGUGAGUACCCACAAAACAACCACGUACCCAGCCAAGAUUGCCCCACCUCGCCUGGGCGGAAAAAAAGUUGGCUUGUUCUCGACGCGCACUCCACACCGACCAAACUCGAUCGGACUGACUGUUGUCAAGGUCGACGCGGUAUCCGGCCGCUGUGUAGACAUCAGUGGGCACGACUUGGUCGACGGCACUCCAGUGCUAGACAUCAAGCCGUACGUGCCGUACGACAACGUGCCGUCGUUGGUGUGUCCAGCAUGGGUGGCUGACCCACACGACAUUGUGCCAAGACCCGUGGCAUUCACAACACAAGCCCAAGCCGACCUGGAACUAGCUGUGCCGUCCAUGCACUUCUACACGUCGGCAAACGCCCUUCGCGCCACGAUUGAGCAGAUUCUCGUGCUGGAUAUUCGUAGCGUCCACCAAAAGCGCGGCCAGGCGUCGGACGCGAUGUUUCGCUUUCGUCUCGACCGCCUGGACGUCGAGUUCCAGACGCAAGACAACGUUAUCCAAGUCACGCGGUGUUCCGUCGUCGAUUUCAAUGCGACCGACGCGUCCAACCUGACGGACGAUGCCGCAGACGACUCCACCCGCGACGAAGUCGGUACCAACCAACAAUAAACGCUACGUUGCACAGCAUCCCUACGUUCGCAGUCGAAACAUCACGGCCCGCCAAUUCGUGGCGAGAAACACACCGGCGCGAUGGUGUCGUGCGGCCGCCAAGACGCAGUCCGUGUUUACCAUUCUCGUUCGUCGCCAAGCGGUCGCACCGCAUGCAGUUGAAAGAAGUCACACACGAAUAACUUUACAAUCGAACGCUUCGUCGCCGACGUACGUCAGGCUCGAUCCAUUCACC